GAGAGACGAUGCGGCCACCGCCCGUGCGAGCGCGGCUGCCGCGCGCCCUGAUGCUGCUGGCUGCGCUGCUCGCCACCGGCCGAGGGCUACCCCUGAGGAAGCGGGGUCCCGGGCCCCACGGCCACUCGAGGAUGCUGGAGGCCUCGCCUGCCCCAGAUCCUGGCUCUCCCCACGAUAAGGAGGUAACACUGGAAUUUGCUGGAGACCAUCUGCAGGCAGAACCAUGUCACCCCAAGUGUCAGACCCUCCCUGAGCCAGCAGCUCUGACUCUGGGUACAGCCACCCCUCCCGGGACCCUAGAAUACACACCCCUGCUGUUGGAGCUGAAGAACCUUCCAGGAUUGGCCAACACAGACUUGAGUGCCCCAAACCCCAAUAUCCAGGUGACCAUCGAGGUGGUGCAGGACCCCCAGGCUGAGGUAGAGAUGGACUUGCCUUCUGAACCUAGAAGUCUCUGGCCCCUGCGCGUUUCCAGCUGGCUGCCCACCAGGGAGCUCUUCUGGCCCCUCUUCUGGGGCUAUCAGGAAGGUGAAGAAGGAGGCACCAGCCUCAGAGACACGGCCCCAGGGGAAGUAAAGGAGGAAGAAGAAAAGGGUUACACUACGGAGUAUGGUGAUGGUGAGGACCAGGAGAGCAGUGAAGAGGACCAGGAGGAGGAGCUGUGGUCCAGUGGAGACGCAGACAACUGGGACUAUGGCUGGUUGGGACCUCAGGACCAGGACUUCAAGGAGCCAGACGGUUAUGACUACGAACCUCAGGAGGAGUGGAGUGCCUGGUCUCCCUGCAGUGGGAGCUGCACCAGCGGCAACCAGCAGAGAACUCGUCCCUGCGGCUAUGCCUGUACUGCCACAGAGUCCCGGAUCUGCAACCUGCCCCCCUGUCCUGGCACCGAAGAAGAGCACGCCUUGGGCUUUCCCAGCGAGGGGUGGCAGCCCCUAGCCCACAAUGCUACGGAUAUGCUUGAUCCAGAUGUGGACAGCUGUGAGAAGUGGCUGAAUUGCAAGAGUGACUUCCUAGCCAAGUACCUGAGCCAAGUGCUCCAGGACCUGCCCAGCUGCCCGUGCGCAUACCCUCUGGAGGCUGUGUACAGUGCCGUCAGCCUGCAGGAUGAACGCCGGGGCCGCAGCUUCCAGUGGCGGGAUGCCAGUGGCCCACGGGAGCGCCUGGACAUCUACCAGCCCACCGCACGCUUCUGCCUUCGCUCCGUGCUGUCAGGCGAGAGCAGCACGCUGGCCGCCCAGCACUGCUGCUAUGACGAAGGUAGCCGCUUGCUGACCCGAGGCAAGGGGGCUGGAGCUCCGGACCUAGUCAGCACCGACUUUUCACCAGAACUGCACUUCAAGGUAGAUACGCUGCCCUGGAUCCUAUGUAAGGGGGACUGGAGUCGCUACCACACCGUCCGCCCCCCCAACAAUGGCCGGGCCUGCGCAGACAACCCACCAGAGGAAGAGUACCUGGCCCAGCUGCAGGAGGCCAAAGAGUACUGAAGAGGGCUUAGAGAAUGGUCCUUCUGCCUAUUACCCCGUCCCUGCCGGGACUGGGCAAGUGUUAGGGUUCAUUUGAGAGGCCAUGUGGCCUGCAAAACCCCUCUCAUGACCCUGAGUCAGGAAAGCCCACAUAUCUCAAGGAUUGGUGAGAGGUUGGAGGGUGGGUCAGGGUUAGGGCUCCUGGGAUGUGUGGGGACUGUGUCUGUGUCUGAAGGGGAGGAACUGCCCUAGUCCGGCCUCAGGGUCCUUUCCCCUUUCUUGCAGAACCGAGCCCUUCUGCCUCUCCCUCUGCUUGGGAUUGAGACAGGAUGGUCCAGAUGCACCCAAGUUCCCAGAGUCUGUUGUGAAUUCCUCAGAUCCCCCACCCAACGGCUGGUUGAGGAAGAGCAUAGUGGGGGAGGGUAAGAAAGGACAGCUCCUUCAUCUGGCCCUACAGCUGCCCUUUGCUGGCCUGGCAGAACCAGGGUGACCACGCUCUUUGUCUAUGGGUGCCACACAGCCUCGUCUAACCUGGGUAGACUGCCCAUGCUGUCAGGGGCCUUGACAGGACAGCUGAGCUGAGAGGGUGUUGAUUUGAGGCAGGGAACCACCAGCUGUUUCUGGUCCUUCUUGGUUCAGUCCCCUGGUGGGAAGAAUGUUCAGAAGCCAGGCGUCGGAUGGGCUCAAAAUAGGGGUGGGCUCAGGAGGGUCUUAUGCCUGUAGUGGUUGCUAAACCAGGAACGUGACAGGGCACACAGUCCCAGUGUUCGAUGUGGGCCCUUUUGUGGUGUCGGUACCCACACCAGUGGCCCCCUUAAAGUUCCCACACGGUGCCACCGGAAGCCCUGGAACUGGACUUGGAGUCGGAAGAUACACACCUACCUAUGCCUCUUUCCCAACCACUUCCCUGGGGCUGAAAUGUUGAAGACCCAAUGUUUUGUCUCCAUUCCUAAAUCCUCCAAAAAGGAUGCAGGGGGCUUGAGUUCCAGCACCUCCACAGCUGUCCAGAUGCUGUCCUGGGACACUCAGCAAUAAAGCACUUUAUUUUCA